AGAUGAACUUCCACCAGGGUUGCCUUGAAUAGGGAUGAUAAACUUUGUUCAUCAUUUGAAUUAUUCAAAUCUGAGUCCAUACUCACUUGGUUAGAAAUUUCUUUGCAUUUACUGAAGUAUGUGCGUCAGGCUAGCUGGUCACGUCUCAUGGAAAUCUACUCUUUUUCUCACGAUUCAGUCCAUACUUCUAACUGCAUUUUUAUUUACAAGCUGCUUCGCCCUUGAUUGCUUCAAAUGUUCUUCAGUAGCUGGAGAAUAUCCGCCAUGCGACGAUCCGUUUCAUAACAAUUACACACAAGACAUUUUAGAAAGUCCCUGUUGGGCUGGCAGAAAGCAAAGGGAUGGAGUCUUUCCGGCCACUUCAUGCGUCAAACUAGCUGGAAUUUAUGAUGACACAGGAGAAACUUUGGUCGUUAGAGGCUGUGCAGUUGACAGUGGAACUCUUACCAUCGACACUGAACUCGUUAGAAUGAGUCAUUGUGGCGGUUUUUACUACGAAGAUCGUUAUGUGAGGGGUUGUGUACAAAAUUGUCUAGAUGACGGCUGUAAUGAUGGAAAAAUACUAAGUGCUUUUGGAAAGGAUCGUCUCUUUGCAGCAGCAAGCAUCUGUAUCCUGAAUAUUAUUCUGUUUAAAUAUGUUACAUAUUUCUGAAAGGCCCAAACAAAAUAUGCUAUUGAACAACUCAAAUAGCCCUCCAAAAUAUGAAAAAAAAAAUGCAUUUACACUGAAUAGUUUUUCUACGAUAUAUUCAUUCGAAAUGUAGUUCUUAUAUGAAAUUUUAAAUUUAUACUUCGCGUGUAAAUAACGAAGAACAAAUAUUAUUGCAUUAGUAUUUUUAGGUAGCCUACUAACUUAUAUACCGUAUAGUUCAACAUCAAAAGUAAAGAUUUUGAAUCGUUGAAGGCGUUUUUUCCAGCUAAUGAAACCGGUAAAUACAGCUCAGCUAUCUGCCAUAUAGCAUUGCAGUAAACUAAUGAAAGUCCCAAAAAUAGUACUGAUAAAAUAUUUAAAUUAAAGGACUUUUUUUUAAUUUAUUUUUUUCUUGCCAGUAUAUUACUUCUAUUAGAUGGCUUAGGUCAUACCGGCAUUUUUUCCCAAAAAGACAUAUAUUAUAUUAAAUGAGAAAGUUAUUUCUAAUUUAAUGCAACAGAAGAAAAACGAGACAAGUGUUAUUUUAUGAAAGAAAAAAGAUCUUAACUUUAAAUUUCAUUUUAAAAAGACAGUUUUAGGUAAUUCUGGAAAAUUUCUUUCAUUCAUGAGUGUUUAAGGUAGGAUUUAUUUUAUCUGAUACGAGCAAUAAUCUACUUACUACAAAGAUGCUUUCAGAUGGCCAAUAUGCAAUUCAUAUUAUUAUUUAUCUAAUUUAAUCAUUAAAUAAUCAAAAGAUAUUUUUCUUGAGAAGAUUUAUAGCUAAGAGUGAAAUUCAAAUAGCUUUAAUUACAGAAAUAUCUGAAAGAAGAAUUUUGAUAAAUAGCUCGAUAUAGAUAGUAUAGAAUAUUUUACAAUUUCAUUCUAUCCAACGUCAUUUUCAAUAAUAAAUGAACAAAGCUCUAUUUUCCAAGGAUAGUUUUGUGAAGCUAUUUGCAAGUUAUGUAUUUACCUGAAAGUUAAUUCAUUUGUAAA